AUGGCUCGUUCUCACUGGCUCCUCACUUCUGUGCUCUUUUUUCUGUCCUUCAUAACACAUGUUUCAACACAGCAACAAGGAUGUUCUGUCAAUAAUAGACAACCAACAAUUUAUGAAAAUAACCCUCCUGGCUACGUGGUGACCACAAUCCAUGUGGAACCAGACUUCAUUGUAAUGAUUGAUCCUACUUCCCCCGAUGCCAGUUUUUUCACUAUACGGGGGUCUGAGCUGCAGCUGAACCGAAGCGUGGACUAUGAGGCAAAAGACACCUUGUUGCUGGUGUACCUGAUCUGUCAGAACACUACUGGGCAGAGAGAUUCUUUGGAAAUUCUUGUGACCAUUCUCAACAUGAACGAUAACAGCCCAGUGUUUAAGCAAAUGAAUCUCACCAAAGUUGUUCCUGAGGAUACAAAAGUGAAUGCAACCAUUGUAGCCCGUGAAGAUUUAAGCGCUAGUGAUGCUGACCUGGACACCAUCUCUUAUGAACUCACAACAAUAGUGCCGGGCACAGAUGGCUAUUUUGCCAUAAAAGGAGUUAAUAGCCCAGAAAUUUAUUUACAAAAAGCUUUGGACUAUGAGAAAUUUAAAUUUACGACGUUGGUCUUGUAUGCAAGGGACAGGCCUGUGGGCAGCAUCGACACCACCAACACAGCUACCAUAACAAUAAACAUAUUUAUUGAACAAGCUGACACCAAAUCACCCUGGUUCCUACCCUGUGCCUUCAUUAACAUGGAAAAUAACAUUUGCAUCAGCAGCCCCUAUACUGGGAGGAUCAAUAUCUCUGAGAUGUCGACAGAACCACUCAUCCUAGAGCCGGGGCCUAUCUAUGCUAUUGAUCCUGACUACACUUUAAAUGAAAAAAUCGUGUACAGUAUUGUUGGUGGGAAUACAGACAAUGUCUUCUCAGUGGAUGCAGGCACAGGGAAUCUAACUAUGAACAAAGUAGUAACUUCCCCAGACUCGUACCUAUUGCAAGUCAUGGCCACCCAGGUCAACAACAUACAGAAAUACUCCAUAGUCAGUGUAGAGAUUAAGGUCAUCAAGAAAAGUGUUUAUCCACCGUUCUUUGAGAGCAGGAUGUACUACGGGACUGUAUUUGUUGGUCUGGCCCCGAGAAGCUUUGUCUUCCACACUGGUGAUACUUCAAGCCCCCUGAUGAUAACAGCAGCGGAUGACGAUUUCCCUAAUAAAGUCAACCCAAACAUUGAGUACUACAUAAAAAACAGCACCGAUUUCAUCGCAACCAAAGAUGGACUCAUCCUGACAAAUGUGAUGCUGCAGUCACCAGGAACUGUAACCAUCGAGGCUGUUGGAAAAGAUAUGGUGAGCCUGCAGGAGGCGAGCACUGUAAUCGUGGUGGACAUCAUCCUUGCUGCAGCUGUAACCUCCUCUGAUAAGAUACACAGUGCUCAGGAUAUGGCUAUCUUAGGUGGUACAUUAGCAGCACUGCUAUUAAUUGCCUUAGUCUUCCUUGGAGUGAUGAUACAUAAACAGUAUGGAAAACGAGUCAAAUACAUGAUGAGGAAAAAGUUCUCCAGGGAAAUCUCUGGGGGUUACCACAACGAAUCUUACAAGCCAGAUGAACACCCAGAUGUGAGCACCAAACAGGAUGAGACUUCAGAAAAUGGCAGUGUCCAGUCAACGACACAUGUGCUAGAGCAGCCAGCACUUCCCUUGCCCUCUUCAAAAGCAAAAGAAAUUGAUAGCCUCCCAAAGGCUUCUAUAACUUCCACCAUCAUCUUUGACCAGGAAGAGAAAGAGGAAGAAGUGGAAGAAGAGACUGAGCAUGAGAAAGAAGUGAAAUCUAUCCUCAAGACAGACAGGCAUGUGGCAGAUGAUGGUUACAAAGCUGUGUGGUUUAAGACUGAUGUGGAUCCAGAUGCUGGAGAGAGGGUUGCAGUGAUUGAGGACAAUGCAGCAGAUGGUGAUGAUGACAGUGACCAAGAUCUGCAGAACAAUGAGGAGGAGGAGGAAGAAGAUUAUGACAAGGACUAUCACCACAGAGGUCUGGGAGUGUCCUUUGCCUCAGAGAGCUCAUCACUCCCAGCUGCAGAAGUGAUAGCCAACACAUCUCGCACAGAUGCAGUGACAGAAGAUGACAGUGACAUAUAA